UCUUUUUUCUUAGUUUCUUUAAGCGGUGGGGCGUAUGAGAUUCGGAUGUAUAUAUUGAUACCCACGCUACAUGUGGAUGGGGAACUUCGGAUGAUGAAAGAAGAAGGGGGGAGUGUAGUAUGUAGCCUUUUUCUUCUUCUAUUUCCUUGUUUCGUUUCUUCCCUUGAGUCUUUAGACGGCGCUGGCUGUACGAGUCGAAUUUUAAAGAUUUAA